UCUAAGCUUCAGUCUCGGAGAUAAAUCGAGCCACAAGAGAUCGUGCGUGUUUUCGUUCAUGGUGUGAAUCACCUCGAAGAGGUGUCAUUUUCUCUCUUUUAUUUUUUAUAACAUCCAAAAAAAAAAAGAAGAAGAAAAAUUUCGAAAAAUGAAUUUGUCAAGGAUUAACAUAUUCUUAUCAACGUUUAUCAACAUUUCAACGAUCUUCUUCAUCUAUUCGAACGCUACUCUAACAGAAGACAAAGAACUAACGACGAGUUUACGAGAAUCUUUACACGACGAAGAUUUCAUAAUCGUUGUCACUGACAUUAGAACGAGAAAAAAACCUAACACAGAAGCAGAACCCUUGUUAGCUGUAAAAUAUGGCGAAUCUAAUAGAAAAACAGUUCUAAUGCUCGAUAGACGUACUAACCGAGUCAUUUUAGAAAAUCUUCAUUCUAAUGGACGACGUACAACAAAACACAUCAUUGUCGAUAAUCUUAGUUCAUCGUUAAAAAAUUUGAUCAUUUCUGUGCACCAAAAGCAAUCAGAAUCUCGAAUCGAUGUUUAUAUCGAUUGUAUGUAUCAAGGAUCUAUAGAUCUGAAAAAAAGCUUUCGAGAACUUGCAAAUGAAGAAGAAUUUUUAUACGUAGAAGUGUUUCGAGAAAACAAAUGUAAGAUCAAAAUUCAUCGAGAAAGGACCAUAGACGAGAUCUUGAAAGAUGAACAAUGUUCGAGGUCAUUUGACAAAUUCGAUCGUUCGUAUAAUUUUCUUGACAAUAAUUUUCCUUUGGAAUUCGAUUCAUCAUCGAGUAAAACUAAUGAUCGAUCUAAAAGAGGCCCUUACAAUUUUAAUCAUUCUAAUCUAUCCUUCGAAUCAUCCUCGAUUGCGCGUAAGAGAACUGUAAGAAGAGGUGAUAUUGGAAUUCAAAGUUUAGAUGAGAAAAUUUGUCUGACGGAUAGUCAAUUGACAAAAACUUUGAACGAACUUAUUCAAGCUACGAAGAAAAUUUGGAGCGAACUCGAGAUGAACAGAAGGGAGACACACGAGUUAAGAAUAUUAAUGGAAAAUUGCGUGGCUUGUCGUCAAGGUAUGGUCGUAUCAACAACACCACGACCAGUAUCCUGUGACUACGAAUCGCCAUGUUAUCCUGGAGCUCAGUGUCAGGAUUCAGCGAGAGGACCAAUUUGUGGUACUUGUCCGAGAGGUAUGACCGGUGACGGUCGUAAUUGUUUGAAGAUAACAACAUGUUUAGACAAUCCAUGUUUCCCUGGUGUACGUUGCGAGGAUCAUCAUCAUGGUUAUAGAUGUGGUAAGUGUCCGACCGGAUAUCACGGUAAUGGUGAACGAUGUGAACGUAGAAGAAACAUUUGUGAUUCUCGACCAUGUUAUACCGAAGUUGAAUGUAUUACUACUAAUUAUCCACCAUUUUUUAGAUGUGGAAGUUGUCCUGCUGGUUUCACAGGAAAUGGUACAUCUUGUCAAGAUGUAAACGAAUGUGAAGUAGCACGUCCUUGUUUUCCUGGAGUACGAUGUAUCAAUCUUCGGCCUGGAUUCAGAUGUGAAUCUUGUCCUCCAGGAUACACAGGUUCGACGUUCGAAGGUGUUGGCAUUGAAAUGAUUAGGAAUCGAAAGCAAAUCUGUCGUGAUGUAAACGAAUGUGAGAUCAAUAAUGGUGGCUGUGAUUUGCAUUCCGAAUGUAUCAAUACAGAAGGUUCCUAUAGAUGUGGACCAUGUAGGAAUGGUUUUGUCGGUAACGAGACAACAGGAUGUCGACCUAGUCAAGAACUCUGUCCGGAUAUGUCAACCAUUUGUGAUCUGAAUGCCUACUGCGUUUGCAUAAGCCUGAACGAUUACAUGUGUCGGUGUCGAGUUGGUUGGGCUGGAAACGGACACAAUUGUGGCCUGGACGCAGACAGCGACGGUGUCCCAGAUAAAAAUCUAAAUUGUCACGAACAUUCUUGUAGAAUGGACAAUUGUCCAACAGUACCGAACAGUGGUCAAGAGGAUGCCGAUGGCGAUGGUAUAGGUGAUGCUUGCGACGAGGAUGCCGACAACGAUGGUAUAUUAAAUUCUUCAGACAAUUGUCCUUCGGUACAUAAUCCUGGCCAAGAAGAUAAUGAUCGUGACGGAUCCGACGGAGUUGGUGAUCUUUGCGAUAAUUGCCCUAUGGUUAACAAUCCACGUCAAUGGGACACCGAUGGUGAUGGUUUUGGUGAUGCCUGUGACGAUGAUAUCGAUAAUGAUGAAAUUUUAAAUCGUCUAGACAAUUGUCCAAAAAUAAGAAACAGGGAUCAAAUCGAUACCGACAAUGACGGAAUAGGCGAUGCCUGUGACAAUUGUCCUUAUAUGCCAAAUCCUGAUCAAAAAGAUCACGAUGGCGACAACGUCGGUGAUUUAUGCGAUACUGACAACGAUCGAGACUUGGAUGGUGUACAAGACGAUCGUGACAAUUGUCCAAACGUUGCUAAUCCUGGUCAAGGUGAUAUCGAUCGUGAUAGGAUCGGUGAUGCUUGUGACGACGAUAUCGAUGGGGACGGCGUUCCGAAUCGUCGUGAUAACUGUCCAUUCGUUUAUAAUCCUUAUCAAGAAGACGUUAAUAAAGAUGGUAUCGGUGAUCUUUGCUGGAACGAUUAUGACAAUGAUACCGUCAUCAAUUACCUCGAUAAUUGCCCCAACAAUAGUCAGAUAUGGACUACCGAUUUUCGUAAAUACGUCACGAUCAAUCUAGAUCCAACGGGUGACUCGCAAGAAGAUCCAUCUUGGAUAAUACGCCAUAAUGGUGCAGAGAUCCAACAGAUGCUUAACAGUGAUCCCGGAUUUGCCAUAGGCCCUGACGUCUUUGCUGGAGUAGACUUCGAAGGGACAUUUUACAUCGACGACGACAACGACGACGAUUUCGUUGGCUUUGUCUUUUCCUGUCAAAGCAAUCGUAGAUUCUAUGUUGUAACAUGGAAAAAAGCUGAUCAACCUUAUUGGGAAACUACACCUUUCCGUGCUAUCGGUGACUCCGGUAUCUUACUUAGGCUCGUUGACUCUGAAACUGGACCUGGAGUAAUACUUAGAAAUAGCCUUUGGCAUAAUCAAGAUGUACCUAAUCAAAUGAAAAUAUUAUGGAGAGAACCAAGCAAAUAUGGUUGGAGACAAAGAGUUCCAUACAGGUGGCACUUAUUACACAGACCUCACGUCGGUUUGAUCAGAUUCUGGCUUCAUCAGGGUAACAAGCUGAUCACUGAUUCAGGAAAUAUUUAUGAUUCCACUUUGCAAGGUGGUAGACUCGGUGUUUAUUGCUUCUCACAGGAAAGAAUCACUUGGUCAGACUUGCUCUAUACCUGCAAAGAUUCUGUCUCGCAGGAAGUAUGGAACGAUUUACCAGUCGACUUGAAGAAACAAGUUACGGUUGAGAACACAAGAUUCAAAAAUCAUCCUGAUUCUCAUCGUCGAAUGAAAUAUGUUGAUAUCUUUUAAGAAAAAAAAAAAAACAAAAACAAAAACAAAAGAAGAAAGAACAAAAUCAAUUAUCCAAUAACUUUUGUUUCCUACAAACAUUUUCAACUGCUACGAUCUAUCCUAUCACCCUCAUACAUAUAUAUAUAUAAAUUGAAGCAAUAACAAAUUGAAACGAUGCAUAGUUGAAACAAAAAAAUAUAAAAAAGAUUCGAUUCUUCUUCAUGAUCGAGGUGUAUUAAAUUGAAAUUUUAUUAUUUGCCAUUAAGUCGAUGAAUUAAUAGUAGUAAUAAUCAUCAUCACGGCACAUCCUAAUUCGAUAAUUUCUUAUUGAGAUUGAAAUUGACAUAAACAGUCUUCUUACAAUGCUUGCUCCCAAUGCAGUUUUCUCACAAUGCUUUUCGAAACGAAAUUACAGAGGUAACCAUUGUCGUUUAUGAAUUAGAAAGAUCAACUAUAGUACAUAUAUAUAUAUAUAUAUAGUAUUAGAACGAUUAAAAUAGGAGAUUCGUUUUGAUCGAUUGAUCGUCCUCACGUUAUUUUAUUUUCUAAGGAAAAAAAAAAAAAAAAAAAAGGAUUCGUUCAUUCAUUUAUUAUACCUUUAACAAUAAUAAAUAUUGCAGAUCCAAUAAGAUGGAUUGAUUCUGGCAUCGGAUAACUCCUUUUAAUUUAGAUUCUAAUUAAAAAUUUGUCUAAAUCAUUCGGAUAAAAGUUACCAACUUUUUC